CCAUGUCCCGGAUGGGCCUUAGACUAAGUGAAAAUUGCGGUGGCAUUUCCUCUUCUUAAAAGCAAACAUCUCAAUGUCUUCUCCGUUCUUAUCAGAGUUUGAUAUCAUUUUUGCUGGAGGCGGCAGUACAGCUUGCGUUGUCGCGGGUCGCCUAGCAGCAUGUGACUCCUCGCUCAGGAUCUUUAUUCUCGAAGGAGGUCAACACACUCUCAAUAAAGCUGCGCAUGUUCAACCCUACCAAUAUUUCACGCAUCUGGCGCCGGCGAGUACUACGAUGACAUUCUACGUUGGAAAUCCCUCACCACAUCUCAACGGUCGUGCACCAAUCGUUCACUGCGCUCGUACUUUAUAUAAGUACUGAAAGUUCAAAGUGCAGCACGGAUCGCUUCUGCGGGACCAACUGAUUCGUCCUUACGUAUAGACAUACAGCGAAAACAUCAUAAUCUGUAAGCUUCACAUCAUCCUGUGGCGACGGCGAUGGAGUAGGCAUGCGAUCACGGCAAAGUGCUAGAACCGUAAGUUCACGAAAUCGAAGUAAAUAACAUUAUCUAGAUGUCAUGUCA